CAUUUUAAGAGGUGUGUAAAGAGAGAGAGAGAUUGUAAAACAAGACUAGCGAAAGGAGACAAAAAAGAAGAGUAAACUGCAAGUAAGUAAGUUAGCCCGAAAGCACACUUAAAGAGCAAAGAGUAAAGUGCAGGUAGUACCAAGUGAGUAACAAAAAAGUGAACAAGUAAAGUUCCCCUCCCCACUUUUUUUUCUUCUUUCGUUUUCUGCGACCCAAGCAAGUAGCACUAAUACUUGUUGCUUAAAGUGCCAGGCCGCAAUUAUGAUGCGGCUUAAGUGCAGGCGUGUGUGUACACACGCACGACUCUUUCAACAUCGGCAGGCAGGCAUGUUCGAGGCACUUUAAGCCAGUUGCCGAUCAGUUUCAGCAAUCAGUUUCGGUCGGGCAGUACUUCGGGGAUUUUCGCGUUUUUGGUAGCUUCAAAUUUGGUGUACCUUAAUUUUUUGUCGUCGUCGCUGCACCGCUUCUACCCCCAGCUUCAAGACAGGUCUUCAGGACUUGUGACGCUCAGUUUGAACCAGGUUCUCGCGGACGAAAGAGCGCCAAAGUUUUCCGCAAAUUUCAUUACAAAGAUUUUCAUCGCCCAGGAAAAAGUGAGCAAAAGUGAAGGGAAAAUUCUUGUGAAGCAAAAAUUGAUGCGGAGCAAAAGUUCGUUAAAUUGAGUGAGUGAAGCGAAAAGCCGGCGCUAUUAAGUAAUAGGGUUUGCGGAGCCGUUGAAGGGGACCGACAUUUUCCGAGGAAAAUUGCAGUGUGCGGUCAGCCGGCGAAAAUUUGCCGCUCAAGUUUUGGCGGCGGAAAGUCGAACGGUGCUUGCAAGCUGGGAAAGCUUUUCACAGGACCACGGGAAGGAAUACUUUUAAAAGUCACCACCAAGAUGUCUAGCCACCAACAACAACAACAGCAACGACGCCGCCACCGCACCCCGGUCUACUGCGAUCAGCUGGCGUCGUGGCUUCUGCUGGCGGUCUUCGCGGUCAGCACGGUGCUGCUCUGUUGCUGCGUAACCAGCGCCCAGGCCCAGCCCCAGACGCCCCCGACCAAGUCACAGGUGUCGGACGAAGCGCUGGACAAGGCCCUCAGUGACAAGCGGUACCUGAUGCGACAGCUCAAGUGUGCCCUCGGCGAGGUGCCGUGCGAUCCCGUCGGAAAGCGACUAAAGAGUUUGGCCCCGUUCGUGCUGCGUGGCGCCUGUCCCCAGUGUACGGCCACCGAGAUGAACCAGAUCAAGAAGACGCUGGCCCACUUGCAGCGGAACUUCCCCCAGGAGUGGAACAAACUGGUCCAGACGUACGCCGGCUGAGCCAAGGCCAAACAAAGAAGGCCCUGUCAAAAUGAGUUGCCAUUUGAGAAAAGAGGAAAAAAAGAGGGAAGAAAAGGGACAAAAGGAGCGGAAAUGGGGGAAAAAGACCGGAACAAGUGCAAAUUGGGAAGGACCGGAUGCCGGGACGGUUUUAUAAUAUAUAUUUUUUUAUGCUCUCACUUUCUCAGAUGACGCAAAUUAGGAUUAGGAACGAGAAAGGUAUUGUAGAUUUGUAAUACGAAACGUGAUAAUAAAUUACUGAGUUUGAGCGUGAAAAA